AUGGAAAAUGCAAACAGUAAUGGUUGUGCCUAUAAUAAUUGGUGUAUUGGGAACUGUAAGCCAAGAUAUAGACAAAUGGCUGAGGAGAUUGGAAAAGAAUGCCAAGUAGAGCUCCUACAGAAAACUGACACAAGCAACAAAAUUGCCGUCCUCGAAGCUGAGAAGCAGAACCUAGUCGACAGCCUGGCCGAGAUGGAGAAGGAGUUGAUUGAGGAGCGCAAUUCACACGAAAACUUGGAACUGUUCCACCUUUCCCUACUCAACAAGAUCGAACAACUGAAGACUUUGGUCGACUCUGAGAAGAGGGAGGUGAGAGAUUUAACUGCUGCUCAUCAGAGACAACAGGUGGAGAUUGCUGGAUGUCAAACCAAAUUGAAAGAAGAACGCAAAUUGAGAAUCAAAAUAGAGAAAAAUUACCAAACGCUCCUGGCCCCGAAAAAGUCAACAGACGAGAAACUAGCAAACAAAACCCUGCAGAAGGAGUUCACGACCCUGACGAACCAAUACACAACAUUGCUGGAACAAAUGGGUCAUCUACAGAACUGUUUUAAACAGCAACAUGUAAGUUGCCAUAACCAUACAACUCACUAA